AUGGUUGUCAGAAUUCGUCUGUCUCGCUUCGGCAACAAGCAUCAGGCCUUCUACAACAUCAUUGUUGCUCAAGCUCGGUCCGCUCGCGACUCGAAACCCCUCGAAGUCAUUGGCACCUACAAUCCCGUUCCCCAGCGCCCUACCAAUUUGUCCGAAGAGGAGGCUCAGCGAGCAAAGCCAUUCAAGGAGGUUUCUCUGGAUCGCUCACGAGCAAAGUACUGGCUUGGUGUUGGCGCACAACCGAGCGAGGGUGUAUGGCGCUUAUUGAACUUGGCGGGCCUUGUUCAACCUAAAUCGACUGCUCAGAGGCAAUGA